AUGCUCGUACUUCGGUAAGUGGUUCCAUUGUUUCUCAGGGCUCCCGGAAUACCGGUUUCGCAUAUUUCGCAGCAUAAUUCAAACGAAUAACGAGUCAAUUUUUGAAAAAGUUUUGAUCCGAAAUUUAAAAAAACUCAUUUUUUUGAAUAGAGAGAAACACAAAAAAAUAGCGAGGAGUUUUUCCUGUUCUCGACAUUUCUUCCAGAAAUUUACAUCAAAAAGUAAAAAAAUUAUGGAAAAAAACUUUUUGUUGCAUUUUUUUCAAAAAUUUCCUUUAUUCUCUAAUAUAUUACAAGUCAAUUCAAUCCAACUUUCCAAUUUCUUACUCGAUACGCAAUUUCGACAUCAAAAACUAGCAUCAAGUACAAAAAAGGGACGAUGACUAUUCGGAACGCCAUAAAGUGUCCGAAAAACACAAGUUGGGCAAACUUGGGGCCGAAGAAGCUGAACUGAAUCGCCGCCGGCCGACGACGUGCCAUGACGUCGGCCGGACGGACCGUGGCCACGCCCCUUUCGACAGGUGCGCGCCAAGGUAUAAAUAGACGAGUCGGGGGCCAAGUUCCAACAUCAGCCCCCCGAGAUGAACUCCGCCGUCGUCGUCUUCCUUGGCCUCGCCGUCCUCGUCGCCGCCCAACAAGGAGGCGAUGGAGCCCCGCCAUUCCUUCGUCGGGUUAGCCCGUUUUUUCCCGUUUUCAUCCCGAAUUAUGUCCCAUGGAAACCUUAAUUUUGCUCGAGGGGAAUCCAAGAUUUUUCCUAGACCCUCAGAAAAGCUUUAGAACCUUUGAAGGGGAAAAUUGAGAAGAUUAGAAUUGAAAAAGCUCAAAAUUGCUAUCCCAACUUGAAAAUCGAUAAAUCAAGUUCAAAGUCAGAAAAACUGUGAAUUCGGCCACUUUUACAUUAAAAAAAAACUUCAAAAAAGUGAUAUUUUCAUAAAAAUUUUCCUCAACAUUAAAAAAAACAAGUUUUGGAUUUUUUUUAACUAUAAGACACCAUAUACCUAAAUUUUUAAUUUUCAAAAGAAAAACUAGAAACAUUUUCUAAGAAAAUUGUGAAUUCUUUCAAAAACUCUCAAUUGCCUAUUCCAUACAUACAGACCACAGAAGACGGUUUUUUUGAUUUGUCAUUUUUUCCAGGCGACCCCAGCCCAAAUCACCUCCUUCCAACAGCUCAUCCAAAGCAACGGACAACUGACCGACGCUCAGCUCGACGCCAAGGUCAACGAUUGGGUCAAGCAACAAGGCGGAAACGUUCAGGUGAUUCUUGAGUUUCUACUUUUGAGCUGCUUUUUGAAAUAUUACAAAAAAGACUUUUUUUGAAUAAUUUUUGAUGAAGCUCACAACAGAGGCAAUGCUAAGAAAGCAAGAGAAACUUGAUAAAAACUUUUUGAAAAAUUUUCUAUUCCUAAUUCUGUCGAAAAAUCUUGCCUAGAAGCUUUCAAGAGCUCGCCUGUCUAUGAAGAUAUUUCUAAAAAUGAUAUUUCUCUUCCGAAAAGUUCGUAACCCUUCAAAAUUAGUUCCAAAGCAUCCCAGACAGUCCUGUGACUAUACAAAUCCCUCUAAAAUACCAUUUCUUGUCCUGGAACCCUUCUGAAACUCCAAAACUCUCAGGCCGACUGGAACGACUUCCAACAGCACGUCAAGUCGAACCAGGCCUCCGCCGAAGCCGCCCACGCCGCCGCCGUCGCCCGCUUCAGUCCCGCGGCGAAGAAGGCCGACGCCGACCUGUCCAAGAUCUCGCAGGACCCGUCGUUGGGCGUCCAGGCCAAGGGCCAGAAGAUCCAGGCCUACCUCGCCUCUCUGCCCCCAAACGUCCGCCAGGAGCUCGAGGGCUCUCAGUAG